UUGAAUUAGAGUUCAUUCAAACCGUGGCGCCACGUACACACCCCGCCGGAAAAUGGGACCAUCGGCGGUGAGGUCACUGUUGAAUCUCCCAGCUGGGAAUCGUGGCGGAAACCGUAAGCCGGCAGCUCCGGUACUUUACAGUCAACCGGUUCCGAGGUUUAAGUCUAAUCGCACUAUUGGAACUGCCUUUGCCUCAAAACGAAAUGGCUCAAUGUCUGCAAUGUGCGCGCAGACCAAAAUCCAGGAAUUCAUCGAGCCCGCCGACCGGAAAUGCAAAGGUUGGAUACACUUCGUAGGCGUCGGAGGUUGUGGAUUGUCUGCUCUUGCCAUGCUUGCUCUGAAACAAGGUUUUGAGGUUAGUGGUUCUGAUAUUAUAUGGAGCAGCUAUAUGGAUCCAUUACAUGAAGCCGGAGCCCGUUUAUACAUAGGUCAUUCUGAAUUUAAUUUGCUAAGAAAUGAUGGUUCGAGUUUGCCAGAUGCGGUUGUUGUAUCGAGUGCCAUCCCUGUAGACAAUGUGGAGAUUUUGCAUGCCAAGGCUAGAAGAGUUCCAGUAUACAAACGAGGUGCGUGGUUGGGAAAGAUAACAGAGGGUCACAACCUCAUUGCUGUAAGUGGAAGCCAUGGAAAGAGUACCACAGCUAGUAUGCUUGCUUAUCUCUUGCGUGCAAUGGGAGAUGACAUUACAGCUGUAGUUGGGGCUAAGGUGCCACAGUUUGAUGGGGGAAACAUCAUCUAUGGUACCAGCAACAAUUUUGUUUUGGAGGCUGAUGAGUAUGACUAUUGUUUCCUGGGAUUAAGACCUCAUAUAGCUGUUGUUACUAAUGUGGAUUGGGAACAUGUGGAUAUCUUUCAAAAUGAGGAGGAAGUUAGAGCAACUUUCCGGCAAUUUGUCCAGCAAAUAAGGGAUGGUGGGCAUCUCAUUUUAUGUGGAGAUAGCUGUGCAGGUGCAUAUAUUUCUUUGUGCAGCCGUGGAAAAGCAGAUACUGAGCCAAAUAUUUCAAAUGAGUUUGAAACUUUUCCAAGUUCAGAGUUGUGCUGUGAUAGAUAUCACAUAACAACUUAUGGUAUUUCCAGUUUUAAUGAUUGGCAUGCUUCAUCAAUUCAUCCAAAUUCAUAUGGUGGUAGUGAUUAUAAGCUGUAUCACAAGGGGCACUAUGUUGCAGACAUCAGCCUAAGGAUGCCUGGAAUCCAUAAUAUUAUUAAUUCAUUGGCAGUUAUUGCCACAGUGAGUAUUGUAGCCAGGGAUAACGGAUUUUUUGAUACAAUAACUUCUCUUCGGUCACAUUUGCUCAAUUUUAGAGGCAUUUGUAGACGUUUUGAGAAGGUUGGGACAAUUUGUGGAUGUCACAUUUAUGAUGAUUAUGCUCACCAUCCAACUGAAAUUCGUGCUGUUCUUCAAGCAGCACGUCAAAGGUUUCCAUUUACGGAGCUGUUGGUAAUUUUUCAACCUCACACUUAUAGUCGCAUAGCAGCUCUAAAGAGUGAGUUUGCUGCUGCAUUUAAAGAUGCAGACCAGGUUGUAGUUACAGAGGUUUACGCUGCCAGAGAAACGAGUCAUUGUACAAGUGGAAGUGAUCUUGCUAGAUCUAUAGUUUGUCCUUCGUCUGAAUUUAUCCCCUCCCUGGAUAGGGUGCUCGAUAAAUUGGUAAGUUUGGUUUGGGAAGAUCCUGAUAGGGAGAUUCUCAUCUUGACUUUGGGAGCAGGAGACAUUACUACACUGGGUCGGAAACUACUCUGCGAGCUACAACUCAGAUUCACUUAAUUUUGUUCGAUGAUACAGAAAAAA